CUCUAUAUUGAAUUUUAAAACUUUAAUAACAUUUUAUAACAUAUGAUUAUUACAUAUUAUUCGUAAAGUUAUGAUAAUUUGAAUUCUUGCCAUUUUAGGACUUUAUUUUACAUUGUAAUAAUGGAUCAAUAUGUUCCAUUUAAGCAACAAAAUAUGUGCUAGCUAAAUUCUCUUUAUUUACAAUUUAUAACAGAUGUUGAUCUAAAAAUGCCCAUGACGUGUAAUUACUGAUUUAUAUGUGUCACUGAUAGUGAAAUCUCGUGUAUUGAUGACCUCGCAUGCUUCGCAUUAGCGUCGCUGUGUGAUAACAAAUCGACACGCUAAAAGCACCAAGUAAUCUGGUCGGGAAAAGGUACGUGUUUAUUCUACAAAUCAUAGAAGAUAAAAUUUUUCAGCCAUUAAUAAAUGACAUGAGCAGAAUAUACUGCUGGAUAUCUGUGUUAAAAUCAUUACAAAGCAAAUGUAUCGAAUACAUUAUCUAUUUCUACUGUGUACAUAAUCUUGCAGUCUAUAUACAACAUAAUAAAAUAGUAUUUGCUUUUAUUAAAUCAGAAGUUUUACUCAAAGAAUAAUUUAUGGAUAUGCAUCAAUGCAAUAUUAAUAUAUAAAUAUUUAAAAAUAUCUAUAUUUUAUCCUUUUUUUCAGCUGUAAAGAGAGUUGCCUCCAGUUAAAUUAUCUCCUGCAUAAAAGAAUUUCAGGAAGGAAUGUUAAAUAGGAUGUUAACUUAAUCGACGUAAAUUUGAGGAUGUCGAUUCGACAUCGUUUCGACAUCGAUCGACAAGUCAUUUCUCGCUGGUACAAUUGUAGAAAUCAUGAUUAUAUCAAGGAUACGAUAAUCAUAAUUUUCGUAAUUAUGCCGUGCUCAUAUAUACCGUUGCAAAUCAACAAAACACGUUGUAAAAGCUCUUUGUCGAAAACGAGCGUUAUUCCCGAUUACGUCGAACGUUGUUCAUCGUCCGAAACAAUGAACGGCGUGAUUUGGAGCAGGACGCAGAAGACUUUCGUGCCAAUUUCCAGCGUGCCGGAGUUUGCCAUGAUGCAACAAGAACGUCUUAGACAAAGUCGAGCACUGGAAACCCACAAUUUUCAAUUGCAGAACGUGACUCUAACAUAUUUACAGGAACCGCCUUUUCUCGAAUUUUACGAUGAAGAUACGAAAAUCACAGGACUCUGCGGUGAACUGUGGAAUCUUCUUUCUGAAAAAUUGAAUUUUACAUUACAGCUAGUGAGGUCAAAUAAAACCUUGUACGUAUUUGAGAAAAACCAAUCCGCGUUGAAGCAUGGAUUAUUAAGUAUAAUAAUGCGCAAUGAAACCAACGUGAUACCAAAAGUCAAUUUUGCGAAUCCUUUACGUGUAGCUUUUGAUUUCACAACGCCUUUAUGGACGAACAGCCAGCGAUUAUACACUGCACAUGAGAUAGUACAUGACAGCACAUGGAUGGCGAAAGUAUUCUCUUGGAAAAUAUGGUGCUUUGUAUUGAUUAUGUAUCUACUAUUGAGCGUGUGCAGUUUUUGGUCACAAACUAUUCUCGCACGAAUCAGAAAUAAUUGCAGACGCUCGACUAUCGGCGAUCAUAUUUUUUAUAACUUUGGAAUGAUCUGCAAUCAAAACUCCAUUCCCAAUGUACUUGUUGGAAGAUCAAGGAUAUUAGAAAUAUCGCUGGGCCUCUUUUGUUCUAUAUUGUACAUGGCGUUUGGAGCUUUAUUAUUCGUUUACAUGACAAAAAAUAUUAGCUUUCUACCGCCAUUCAAUGAUCUGGACUCUCUCCGGACCAAAACUUCAUAUAAAGUUGUUUCUUUGAAAGGAUCCAUUGGCGAAGUCGUAUUUACGGUAUUAAUAAAUACGUUUGAUAUAAUUUGUUUUAUUAUAAUGCCUCAGCAACACUUUGUGCUGCUAAAGACCGCACAACGCGUCGUCAUUGCAUCAACAGACGAGGAAAUGUUUAAAUUGGCAUGUCUAAAAGGUGAAAAGAAGUAUGUAGUAUUCCAAGGUGAAGACGAGUUUAGGACAAAAGGUCGAAUUGUAUGUCACGUGAUACCAGUUGGACAACCCUACCUUAAGAUGUGGAUGUCUUCCGGCAUUGCAAGGAAUUUUAAAUACAAAAGGUCCAUCGACAUCGGGAUACUCAGAAUAAAGGAAGUUGGACUGUGGAAUGUAUUAAUGGAUCGUUGGCUAAUAGAGAAGAAUCAAGACAAUAUGAACGUGUCGUACGCGAUUGAGAUAAAUCAAGUGAUUUUUAUAAUUUUAAUUAUGUGUUGUGGAACAAUAAUAGCAUUCAUAAUUUUAAUAAUUGAAAAAAUCGUUUAUGCUUACAAGCUAUCGUAAUUUUUCGUUUAUGUUAUGUCACUAAUUUAUUUAAUGUUGUACACUUCAUUUACUUAAAAGAUUUGCCAGCAGGUAUUUAACUCGAGAAUUCUGCAAACUCCGUAUUUAUAUCAUAAGUACAUAAAACCACAAUAUAAAUACUGUAAGAAUUGAAAUUGUAAUAAUUGUAAUAUAAUUAACAAUAAGUUUUAAGCGAAUAAUAUUAAAAUAAAAAC